CUCAUUACAACUGCAACAGCAAGAAAAAUACUCAAACAUUGUAUUAUUCCUUGUAAAUUAAACACACAAGCAAGUUUAGUACCACCAAUUUUCAUAAAAUGUUCAAGCUAACGUCCUCCCACAAUGAAGAAGAUCUCGUAGCCCGCCGAUGCGAGUGGGUAAACGGGCCGGUAAUUGUUGGGGCCGGGCCAUCAGGUUUAGCCGUAGGGGCGUGUCUAAAAGAGCAAGGGGUGCCCUUUGUAGUCCUAGAUAGAGCUAAUUGCAUUGCUUCUCUUUGGCAAAAACGUACAUAUGAUAGGGUCAAACUACACCUUCCUAAGAAUUUUUGUCAAUUGCCCAAAAUGCCCUUUCCUGAGUCUUAUCCAGAGUACCCUACCAAGAGCCAGUUUAUUACCUACCUUGAGUCCUACGCAAAGCACUUCGGAAUCGAGCCCGAAUUCAACACGAGCGUUCAGUCUGCCAGGUAUGAAAACGCGUUUGGGCUUUGGCGGGUCAAGACUACGGGCCAUGCUGAGGGCCCAGAUGGGCCCGAGGUUGAGUACUUGUGCCGGUGGCUCGUGGUGGCCACCGGAGAAAAUGCUGAGUGUGUGGUCCCUGAUAUUGACGGGCUAGCCCACUUUGGCGGGAAGGUGAUCCACUCGAGCGAGUACAAGACAGGCGAAUCGUUCCGUGGCCAAAAGGUACUAGUGGUCGGGUGCGGGAACUCGGGCAUGGAGGUCUCCCUAGACCUCGCAAACCAUAAUGCACAACCUUCUAUGGUGUGCCGUAACUCGGUUCAUAUCCUUCCUAGAGAAAUUAUGAGAAAAUCGACAUUCGAGCUUGCAAUGUUUCUAAUGAGAUGGAUUCCUCUUUGGUUGGUAGACAAAAUAUUGAUAUUUUUCGCCUGGCUUAUACUUGGUAACGUGGAGAAGUACGGGCUCAAAAGGCCUAAAACUGGACCACUUGAACUAAAGAACGAGCAUGGAAAGAGCCCUGUGUUAGACAUAGGUGCCUUGGCUAAAAUUCGAUCUGGGGACAUCAAAGUUGUGCCUGGAAUCAAGAGUUUCUACGCAAACAGCGUCGAGCUCGUUAAUGGUGUGGCAAUGGAGGUUGAUUCAGUCAUUCUAGCUACAGGGUAUCAUAGCAAUGUUCCUUCUUGGCUUCAGGAUGGUGAAUUCUUUAAUAAGAAUGGAAUGCCAAAAUCUCCAUUUCCAAAUGCAUGGAAAGGAAAGAGUGGACUUUAUGCAGUUGGAUUUACAAGGAGAGGGCUUGCUGGUGCUUCUUUGGAUGCCGUAAAAAUUGCAGAAGAUAUAUGCAGAGUUUGGAAAAAAGAAACUAAGCAAAAGAAACUAAAUGCACCUCGAUUUAGGAGGUGUUUCACUACAUGAUUUUAAUGUAUAAUGAGUAUGGAAUUACAUGCAUUAUAUUUUUUUUUUUUUUUAUAAAAGGUUUAAGAAAAUAACAUAUUUAAUAGAAAAGCAUAGUAAAUGUUGAGCCGCAUCUGCCGAAAUUUGGUGAUCUUGGUGAACCCAUUGUUUAUCCGGCUUGUGAAUACUGCAUUGUUGAAAGGAUUCCCCUAAUAGCUUAUUUAAUGACCCAAAUGUAAUUGAUGUCAGCAUGACCAUCAACCCUAAGAAGACUAACUAAAUUGUUGUUGAUUGAAAAUCCGAAUCCAAAGCCUAAUGUAAUGCGUACAGACAAGGUAAGGCUUCAUAAUCCUGAAUAAUAAAAAGGCCUUUUCCUACGCCUUGGGAUGUUCUCUUGCUUUUGGUGCGCUUUGCUUAGGGUUUUGAAAAUGGUUUUGAAAAGAGUCGUCACUGUAAAUUUUUUAUUAUGAGUAUCACGGAAAUCUCAAUAUUGACUCCAUUUUCAAAUUAGAGCUUGUA